AUGCCAGCAGACCACAACGCCCACAAAGAAUGGUUAGGAGGAAUAAUCCAACAAGUCGAAGACGAUUCUGAGAAACCCCUUCACCCAGUCCUGGAGGAAUUUAAAGAACUCAUCGAAUCCAAUACACGCAUCUACAUGCUCCUGAGUUCAAUGUUCAAGGAAGUCCCACGGAACAAGCGAUACGGCCACGACCCAACAGGCAAUCCCGAAAUUCGCGAUUAUUCCCACUUCCUGCAUGUCAUCAACCACCUCCUCACUACUGCCCCUUCCUGGACCGACAAGGCACACCGUGUUGGGCUCGUCGGUUUACCUAUUAAUGCCGUCCUAGAUUGGCCGAUGGGUACACCUAGUGGGUAUGCGGCUUUCCUAGAUCCCGAGAUCAAUGCGAUGAUCAAGAAGAUCUUGAACGUGUGGGCCGAGUUCCUGCGAUCGCCCAAAUCUGCUGACGUGUUGAACGAGACUGCCCACGGAUGGUUUGGUAAAACUGGUCAUCGGGAUCUCACAGCUGUUGCAAAGAUUGGUCAUCUGGCCGAGACAGAUUUGCGAUUUCACGAUCUGUUCGAGUGUGACCCAUCUGCGCCAAAUCAUGGAUUCAAGUCGUGGGAUGACUUCUUCACCCGCACCUUGAAAGACGGGAUACGUCCCGUGGAGGAACCGGAGGAUGGAAAGGUUAUCGCGAACGCGUGUGAGGCGAAACCGUAUCGGCUCGCGCGCCAUGUUCAUGCCCGUGACAAGUUCUGGAUCAAGAGUCAGCCAUACUCUGUGCUUGAUAUGCUGGGUCAUGAUGCGUUUGCGCCGCUGUUUGUGGGCGGCACUAUUUACCAGGCAUUUCUUAGUGCCUUGAGCUAUCACCGUUGGCAUUCACCUGUUAGUGGGAAGGUUGUCAAGGCGUAUGUUGUUGACGGUACUUACUAUUCGGAACCGCUGUUUGAGGGGGUUGGGAACCCGGAGAUCGAGCAGAAAGAUGUUGAUAUGGCCGGUCAGGUUACUUCGCAGGGAUAUAUUACGUCAACGGCCACGCGGGCACUGAUUUUCAUUGAAGCCGAUGAGCCAGGCAUUGGUUUAGUGGCAUUUGUUGGAGUUGGCAUGGCCGAAGUUUCGACCUGUGAUAUUACUGUCAAAGAAGGGGAUAGACUGAAGAAAGGAGACGAACUUGGUAUGUUCCAUUUUGGUGGUUCGACACAUUGUCUUCUUUUCCGGAAGGGGGUCUAUGUGUCUGGGUUCCCAGAGCCCGGGAUGGCAGAGAACAAGCCUGUCCGAAGCAAACUGGCGGUUGUGUCAUGA